UUGCACAUCAGAUAACGUAUUACAGAGCUGUUUACAGAGUUCCUUUAGAAAUUUUAAUUUAACAUGGGGCAGAAUAUGGCAUAAACAAAGAACUGAUAUUUCAAUUCAAGGAUGAAAUUCUGGUGCAUCAUCAGCAGUUUGAAAACAUUUUGAUUGCUAUCAAGUUUACAGAAAUGGAAGAAGAUGGAAACGAUACUCAAAACUUUAAUGAAAUAUGUGAUCAAAUGCUUGAGAACUUGAAGCAUGCGCCGCUAUUUAAAAAACUAGAUCCCUUCUAUUUCGAUAUCAAUGAUGACAGUUUCAAAAUUAGUCAAGGAGAAAUCACGGGAAUUUCAAGUAUUUAUAGACAUGGGGAUGUCUGUAUAAGUACGGAUCAAGAAAAUAAUCCUCAUGGAAGUUUAGGAUUUGGACUGAAAAAUUUAAAGUAUAAAGGCAAGCAUCAAGUCAGGUGUGCUAUAUGGCUAAAAGGAGAAGCUAAAAUCCGUUUGAGUGAAAUAAAAGUCAAGAUUGAAUUUAGUAUUAGAAAUGGCUCAGCAUCCAUUGAGUCACUUCGCAUAAUCGAGUUAGGUAACUAUAAAAUGGAAGAAUUAUCAGGAUUUACACCAGUACUUAACAGACUUUUGAAAGGCGUACUGAAUAUAACAGCAAACAUAUUAAAAGCAUCUAUAAUGAAAAGAAUGGAAAAAGAGUUGGUGAAACAUGGAAAUACCGCAAUAAAAAAACUGCCUUUACCUUUGUCUAAAUUAUGACAACAAGAGUAAUGAACUGCUGAAGAAGAAUUAUGAAGAUUUACCUGUUUUUAAAUGAUUUACUUAUAGAUUAGCGUGAGAUCUGAAUA